UGGGACGAAUGUAACGUAGGCUAUGACGUCAUGGCCGUCCCAUCAUGCUACAGUAGACAGAGAAGAUACAAUGGCUGCUGCAGACGUCUUGCCUCUUAGCACACAUUGUCAAUGGAUCGUUAUGCUGUCCGGACGAUGUGAUUGAUCAUCUGCGACGGUUUAUUUACGUUUCUAGAGCGAAAGGGGCUAUCUUCUGGUCAACUGACAACCAUCUUAACUCGCCGAUUUGCCUGUUUCUGUUGUAGAAAGGGCGGCCUGUUGCCUGAGUCGAGUUGGGAAGUCAAAAUUUAUGAUAAGCUAGAAAAUUACGGUAGCCAUGAUCUAAGCGCUACUACCAACACGCAGCGGCUCUCGAGAUAUAUAUAUAUAUAUAUAUAUAUAAUAUCUACUUUAAAUCUCUUUACUGCGUCGUUUUUUCUUUCUUCCCUACUUUAUUUGUCGAUUCGAUAUAAUUAAGUAAAUUUACGUCAAAUUUUAUUUCGUAAGUUUUGUUUGUUUUUUGUUUUUUUUUUGAAGCAAAAAAAAAAAAUCAUCUUUGGAUCAAUUUACCUGAUUUAUUCGUUUGAAAAAUAUCGAAAGAUUGGAGCUAAGAAACGACAGGGAGAUUAUAAUAUUUCAAGAUAUAUAUUUCUAAAUAUAUAUCGAGAAAGAAUUUGAUCACUGUUUAUUUUUUUUUCUGUCUAACCCUUUCUACUUAUUUCUUAAGUUGGAAAGGAAUCGUGAUAAAGAGUUUGUGAGAGAGGCAAAAAUUUCUGACUAGUAAUUACUAAUAAUAGCAACAACAAUAAGUCUUCAAAUCAUCACUCAGUGAAUUCAACCAUCUGAAACCAUGGAUGCGUCGUCGGAGUGCAACAUUAAAGUCAUAUGCCGUGUCCGACCCCUCAACGAUGCCGAGGAAAGGGCUGGCAGUAAAUUCAUCCUCAAGUUCCCCACUGAUGAUUCUAUUUCAAUCGCCGGGAAAGUAUUUGUAUUUGACAAGGUUUUGAAGCCUAAUGUAUCACAAGAAUAUGUGUACAAUGUUGGUGCUCAACCCAUUGUUGCUGAUGUCCUUAGUGGCUACAACGGAACAAUUUUUGCAUAUGGACAAACAUCAAGUGGAAAAACUCACACGAUGGAGGGUGUCCUUGACAAACCCUCAAUGCACGGUAUCAUUCCACGUAUUGUGCAAGAUAUCUUCAAUUACAUUUAUGGGAUGGACGAGAACUUGGAAUUUCAUAUCAAGAUUUCAUAUUAUGAAAUUUAUUUGGACAAAAUCAGAGAUCUGUUAGAUGUUACUAAAACUAACCUUUCUGUCCAUGAAGACAAAAACCGUGUCCCAUAUGUUAAGGGAGCAACAGAGAGAUUUGUAUCUAGCCCCGAAGAGGUCAUGGAGGUCAUAGAUGAAGGCAAAAACAACAGACACGUAGCUGUGACAAACAUGAAUGAACACAGUUCGAGAAGUCACAGUGUUUUCUUGAUUAAUGUAAAGCAAGAAAAUGUAGAAACUCAAAAGAAACUCAGCGGUAAACUUUACCUGGUGGAUCUGGCUGGUAGUGAAAAGGUCAGCAAAACUGGAGCUGAAGGUGCUGUGUUGGAUGAAGCCAAAAAUAUCAAUAAAUCUCUGUCCGCUUUGGGAAACGUUAUAUCUGCUUUAGCUGAUGGGAAUAAAUCACAUGUACCAUACAGAGAUAGUAAAUUAACCAGAAUUUUGCAAGAAAGUUUGGGUGGUAAUGCUCGAACUACAAUGGUUAUCUGUUGCUCCCCUGCCUCUUAUAAUGAAUCUGAGACAAAAUCCACUUUACUUUUUGGUCAAAGAGCCAAGACAAUCAAGAAUGUUGUGUCUGUCAAUGAAGAAUUGACAGCUGAUGAAUGGAAGAGAAGAUAUGAGAAGGAAAAAGAAAAAUGUACCAAAUUGAAGGCUACAUUGGCACGAUUAGAGAGUGAAUUACAGAAAUGGAGAACUGGUCAACCUGUAUCUGUUGAUGACCAAGUUGAUCUGAAAGCAGAUAUUCCUGCAGAGUCUCCUGCUACCAGCACAACCAGCCUAGCUGGAAAUAUGGUUGUAUCUAUGAAUGAAGGUGAUCGUAGCCAAUUAGAAGAAGAACGAUUGAAACUGUAUCAACAACUUGAUGAUAAAGAUGAUGAGAUCAACAACCAGUCUCAGUUAAUAGAGAAAUUAAAUGAACAGAUGAUGGAACAGGAAGAAUUAAUUUCUCAGUCUCGUAAAGACUAUGAAAAUCUACAGCAAGAAAUGUCACGUAUUCAAUCUGAUAAUGAAUCUGCUAAAGAUGAAGUGAAAGAAGUCUUGCAAGCCCUUGAAGAGUUGGCUAUGAAUUAUGAUCAAAAGUCUCAAGAGGUUGAGAAUAAAAAUAAAGAAAAUGAAAAUCUUAGUGAUGAACUUAGCCAGAAGCUGAGCACAUUGAAUAGCUUACAGAAUGAAUUGGAUCAAUUGAAGGAUUCUUCAAUGCACCAUAGGAAACGAGUCACUGAUAUGAUGAUUAAUUUAUUGAAAGACCUUGGUGAUAUCGGUGCUAUUGUUGGAGGCAAUGCAGCUGAAACUAAACCAACUGCAGGUUCUGGAGAAAAGAUUGAAGAAGAGUUCACUGUUGCUCGCUUAUAUAUCAGCAAGAUGAAAUCUGAAGUUAAAACUUUAGUCAGUCGGAAUUCUCAACUUGAGAAUUACCAGCAAGAUACAUUGAAGAAAAUGGAAGACAGUGAAAAAGAAUUGUCUAAUUGCAGAUUACUUAUCCAACAGCAUGAAGCGAAGAUGGUCACACUCCAAGAGACCAUCAAAGAUGCUGAAAAUAAAAGGAGAACAAUGGAGGAAAAUGUUGACUCACUCAAUGAAGAGUAUGCUAAACUGAAAGCACAAGAACAAAUGCAUUUAUCUGCAUUAAAUGAGCGAGAAAAAGAAAGUAGUGCAGCAAGUGAAACACGUGAAGUUCUUGAGAAACAAAUGGAGAUGCAUCGUGAACAACAUCAAAAGCAGUUGCAAUCCCUACGUGACAAGAUUGCAGAAAAACAAGCCACUGUUGAUGAUCUCAAAGAUUCCAAUCAAAAACUAACUCUCGCUCUAGAGAAACUCCAAGCUGAUUAUGAUAAAUUGAAGCAAGAAGAGGUUGAAAAGUCUGCUAAAUUAGCUGAUCUGUCGUUGCAAAUCGAUCGCCGAGAACAAGCUAAACAAGAUCUGAAAGGACUUGAAGAAACUGUGGCCAAAGAGCUACAAACUCUGCAUAACCUUAGAAAAUUGUUUGUGCAAGAUCUCCAGAACAAAGUCAAAAAGUCAUGUAGCAAGGCUGAAGAUGAUGAUGAAGACACUGGAGGUAAUGCAGCUCAGAAACAGAAGAUCUCAUUCUUAGAAAGCAACCUUGAACAACUAACCAAGGUUCACAAACAGCUUGUUCGAGACAAUGCUGAUUUACGCUGUGAGUUGCCCAAGCUGGAGAAACGGUUACGUGCUACUAUGGAGCGGGUCAAGUCUCUAGAGUCUGCUCUCAAGGAUGCAAAAGAAGGCGCUAUGAGAGACAGAAAAAGCAAUAUCACCUUUACCAACGGCAGGUACCAGCAUGAGGUGGAUAGGAUCAAAGAAGCUGUUCGCCAGAAAAACCUUGCACGCAGAGGACAUGCUGCUCAAAUAGCCAAACCAAUCCGGCCUGGACAACACCAGUCCAUUACUGCACAAACAGCAGUAAUUCGAGGUGGUGGUGGUGGAAUAGCUCAAAAUGGACCCAUACAUUCAUCUACUCCAAUUAGAGUAGCACCUGAAAGCAAAGCAUAAAAGUUGUAAACAGCUUAUGUUUUUCAAAGAAGAAUGGAAUAUGAAACUUCCUAGUGCGUUCAUUAUUUCUAAAACCUUAAAGGAGAAACUGUUACUCCUACUUCUACAUGAAACGGCAUUUUUUCCUAGUGUGUGUCAUGUGCCUUGCUGAUACAGUGGAGUGCAUGCUGGCUCUUGUCUACCACUGCACAGCACAGGCUGCCAUAUUGGAGUGAUUGAGUGUGUUCUCUAGUGUCAGCCCAGCACAUGUCCACAUUUCCUACAACACAAUACUCACUAGCUGACCUCACAUGCUUUAUUCAAUUGCAGCAUUAUUAUUAUUAGAUUGUCAUUUUGCUACAUAUUUGUCCAUUGGAUUUCUAAUGUGAUUAUGGCUUAUUUUAUUGUCUCAUCUAUUUUUUCUUUGCUCUCUAAUAAUCAAUACGGAAAAAAAAGAAAGAAAUGAUGGCUGAAUUAAAAAAAAAAAAAAAAGAAAUUAGGGAACGUGUUGGAUCAUUUCAAUAGAAUACUUCACAACAUAAUGUUUGGUCCACUUUGAUUUCUUGUGAAGAUGUUAACCAAUCCUCCUAAUGGAAGCCAGCCUGAUAAUUCUCCCUUGACAAAAAAGUUUCAUCAUAAAAACAAUUUUGAUUGUUAAAUUCAAAUGUAACAAAACUUAUUCCCAAUCACAGAGCAGUGCUUUAUUUCAACUUUUGGUUUUUAUUAAAAAUAGCUUAACAUACAUUGUAUAUAAUAUAUAUAAUACAUAGAAACAAAAAUAACCACCAACCCUCAGC